UGUUGGUGGACGGAGGGACGGCGUCCAUGCAUUCAGUUUGCAGUCUGCAGCACACUUGAAAGAAAUGGACAGUAGCAAUGCGAACAUCAGUCUGUACAGCGCUUUGUGGCUUGGUCAGACCCUCGAUCUGGAUUUGUUGUCGCCCUGCGUCCUCAACUUUGCCAACAGAUUGGUGACAGUACAAUUUUACACCUGGCUGCAGACACUGUUCGUGACCGUUCUGCUGGUACUCACUUACUACUACGUCGUUCUACCGAUGGAUUACGUUAAAGACUUGAGUGAUGUGGGGUAUGGCCACCUGCUGGAAGGCAGCGCCCGGAGGAUGGCACUACGAAAAGGCAGGAGAAAGUGUGAUCUGGUGCGAGAGAUGCGGAGGUUGAGGAAGGUUGGCAGUCUGCCUCCUGUGUACCCCAAUGGCUGGUUUUGCCUGCUGAAUUCUUCAGAGCUGGCUCCAGGGGAAGUGAAACAUGUCUCUGCACUGGGUGAGAACUUUGCAGUGUUCCGGACACGCGAGGGCAUCGUACACAUCCUUGAUGCGUACUGUCCACAUCUAGGAGCCAAUAUGGCCGUAGGUGGUACCGUUCGCGGUGACUGUCUGGAGUGUCCGUUCCACUUAUGGCGAUUCAGAGGCGAAGACGGAAAGUGUUCCUCCAUCCCUUACAGUGAAAAAGUACCAGACUUUGUACGAGCGAAGACGUGGCCGUCUUGUGAGAAGAGUAACAUCAUCUUCGUGUGGUACCAUGCUGAGGGAGAGGAGCCCACCUGGCAUGUCUCCUCCAUUCCCGAGAUUCAGAACGGACAGUUUUGGUAUAGGGGGCGCAACGAGUUUGUUGUCAACUCACACAUUCAGGACAUCCCAGAGAAUGCAGGGGACUUAGCACACCUGAACGCUCUCCACACUGCGUCCAUGCUCGCUGGCAGCGACCUGCGGUAUGUGGAAAGGCUCUUUUACAGAUUUGCACGCCAUGUUUGGAGUGGCAGCUGGCAACCCAGUGCAGAUGCCCAGCAUCAAGCAACCAUGAAACUGCACCAUGAGUUUCGCCUCUUUGACAAGUUUCCUCUCAUUGUCAUGGAUGUCCAUGUCAAGCAGAUUGGCCCGGCCUAUGUCGAACUCUACCUGACUACUUCGCUUGGUGUAGUGAUAAUACUUCAAACUGUGACACCAGUUGAACCCCUUCUGCAAAAGUUGGAGCACCGCAUAUACUGCCCCCCUUCCCUCUCCCUCUUUGCCAAAUUCAUUCUCUAUGGGGAAUCUGUAAUGGUUGAACGCGACAUUAUGAUAUGGAAUCACAAGUCAUAUGUAGACAAACCCAUCCUUGUAAAAGAAGAUCAAUCCAUUCGCAGACACCGCCACUGGUACAGUCAGUUUUACUCAGAAAAUAGCCCCCGGUUCAGCUUUCAGCAAGAGAACACAGAUUGGUAAUUGCUGUACUGAGUGAUUAUGAGUAAGUCGAGGAAAUGCAGACUCUUUAUGCAAAGUGCUGAGCUGCCUGGUAUAGCAGUAAUAUCUGAUGAAACUUGUAUUCUGGUGGUACCCAUUCUGAAUCUUGGCUGGGUCACAAGUUAUACAGAUUCAUCUUCUUUGUAACUUCCCUUAUCCUUUGCAGGCAAAACUUAUGACACAGUCCUUCAAACCGUCCAUAACUGCUUGCUUCCAAAUUUUCACCUGUUUACCAUUAAUGAUUAUCAUUCCAUAUCUCUUUCAGUGUUACAUAAUAUCUUUAGCUGAAACAGCUUCUUAAAUUAACCUAUGAAUUAAGAAAAUCUUUAACAAGACUGUCAGUUUUUGUGCGAGUGUUUAUACACGCACGCAAACGCAGAAAGCACAGUGGUAAUGUCUGGGUGCCAUGUUGGAGCACAACACAGUAAACACUGUAUUGGUUGCUCCCAUUCAGACCGGUCAGAUGCAGUGAUAAUGAGAAUCCAGUAACAUUUACUUGCCCACAUUACAGGACAUGCUGAAAGCGUUCCCCAUUCGUUCCAAAACAUUCCUGCAUACCUUCUCAACAGAUUCUGGCUUAAGCACUGUAAUUGUCCACUGAUUAUAUAGGGCACUUGAAGAUGAUUAAUUUGUCUGAGUUGUUUUGUGUGUGGUUUGAUAGACUUUAGUUUGUUCCACAUCUUGUACAGUAAGUUCCAUCAAUACAAGUCCUUUGGCAAACAUGUGGGUGGUAGGCCUGUGAGCUGUUAACAGUUUGCUAGACAGCAUUGUCAUCAUCAUUGAGCUUUUUAUUUGGUGCAGUUUUGUGAAAGCAUGUAAUGAGAUGUCUUAUUUACUUCCAGAUUUUAAAACUGAUAAGUUUUCAGAAUUUGUUUCCUUAAAUUCUAACAGAGAAACUAGCAGAAUUAUUCUCCCUUAGUGGCAGUAACUUAAUAACCUCAGUUAUGCGUACGAAUUGAACUCGAUAUCAUACUCAGGAACCACUCAGACUCAGCAGUCUGUCAAGGACUUUGAACCUUAUGCUUAAUAGCUUGGAAAUGAAACUUAACUACGAAGAUUUCUGU